CCGCCCCCGCGCCUGGCCCGCACCCUGACCUCCGCGCGGGAGGAGCAGAGCCCGGAGCCGCCGCCGCCGCGAUGUGGUCCGCGCUGCCGCUGCUCUGCGCCGGGGCCUGGCUGCUGGGACCCCGGGCCCCCGGCGCCGCCGGUCUGUACGUGGGCUUCUCAGAGAUGGUUCGCUUCAAGUCCUGGAUGCUGCAGCACCAGAAGGCGUACAGCACGGUGGAGUACCAGCACAGGCUGCAGACCUUCGCCAGCAACCGGAGGAAGAUCGAGGCCCACAACGCCAAGAACCGCACGUUUAAAAUGGGAAUAAACCCGUUCUCAGACAUGACCUUCGCGGAAUUCAAGCACAAGUACCUGUGGUCAGAGCCUCAGAACUGCUCGGCCACCAAGAGCAACUACCUCCGGGGCCGCGGCCCCUACCCGGUCUCUGUGGACUGGAGGAAGAAAGGCCACUUCGUCUCCAACGUGAAGAACCAGGGCGGCUGUGGUAGCUGCUGGACCUUCUCCACCACGGGGGCCCUGGAGUCCGCCAUCGCCAUCAGGACGGGCAAGAUGCUCUCACUGGCGGAGCAGCAGCUGGUGGACUGCGCCCAGAACUUCAACAACCACGGCUGCCAGGGGGGCCUCCCCAGCCAGGCCUUCGAGUACAUCCGCUACAACAAGGGCAUCAUGGGCGAGGACACCUACCCCUACCAGGGCAAGGACGGCAAAUGCAAGUUCCAGCCCGAGAAGGCCAUCGCGUUCGUCAAGGACGUGGCCAACAUCACCCUGAAUGACGAGGAGGCCAUGGUGGAGGCGGUGGCCCUGUACAACCCCGUGAGCUUUGCCUUCGAGGUGACCGGCGACUUCAUGCAGUACCGGAAGGGCAUCUACUCCAGCACUUCCUGCCACAAGACCCCGGACAAGGUGAACCACGCGGUGCUGGCCGUGGGGUACGGAGAGGAGAACGGGACGCCCUACUGGAUCGUCAAGAACUCCUGGGGCCCCCAGUGGGGGAUGAACGGGUACUUCCUCAUCGAGCGCGGGAAGAACAUGUGCGGGCUGGCCGCCUGCGCCUCCUACCCCAUCCCGCAGGUGUGAGCCGGCCGCAGCGGGGACCGCUGGCCCAGAGGGGGACGCCGGGGAGCCGGGCACUGGGCCGCUGGAGGCUGUCCUGCCCCGGGGACGCGGGGGAGCCCCCAGGCCUCGCUCUGCGGCGUCCUCACCCCGAGGGAGGAGGAGGAGGAGGAAGAGGAGGGAGAGGAGGGGGAGUUCCAGCCACCGGCCCACCUGCCUCCACCCAAAGCCGACCGACCACCAGCCGUGCCUUAGCCUGGAUGUAAGGGCUCCAAGGAUAUUGUUCUCUAUUCUAUUAUUUCCGAGGCCGCGUGCGCCCGCAGGGAGCACUGGGCCCUCCUGUGGCCUUUACCCAAUAAACACUCAGCGAGCA